AUGAAGGGGGAAAAAAACUAUUUCCUCACUGCAAAAGCAUUGUUUAUAACUUGUGUAUAUACGCAUGCUUCGCUUCUGCCUCUCCCUUUCAAACGCAGGUGGUCCAUUAUAGCUGCUCAACUCCCAGGCAGAACAGACAACGACAUCAAGAACUACUGGAACACAAAGCUGAAGAAGAAGCUACUAGGGAUUAAUUCUCAAAGAAAAUCAACAGCAACAGCAAAUCAUCAUCAGCAACAGCAUCAGAGUCAAUACCAACAGCCUCAGCUCUUGUCAGGCCUUGACAGUAGCUGUUUGCCUACAGUAGCAACACCCUCUCAAGAUCUCUUCAUCUCUAGUUUCCUCAACAAUCAGUAUGAUCAGAUGAGCUUUGGGCGUGUUGAGCGGAGCUGCAGCUCUUCUGACCUUAUCUUCGAAAGCUAUCUGUAUGGUGAACUUGGGCAAGCUCCUCCGUUAGAGCAUAGCUAUGAAGAAAUCAAGAACUUGAUUAAUACUAGAAACUUCACGGGAGUUGAACUCCCGUGA